GCUACCAAUGACAUUAUCAUCAGCUGCAUGCCAUCAACCCAUGCAUAUAUUUGCCUAACUUUCUUGUACCUACAGUAUAUUACGAAGCAGGAAGAGAUCAGAAAAUGGCUUUCAACUUGGAUGGUAUCAUUAUUGAAACAGAAAUGCAGGCGAUAAAGAAAGAUUUGCUCAGGAAUUCCACGAAGGGUCAGUGGAAUGGGGUUAUUGAUAUCUAUAAUAAGCACCCAGAAGUUCAUGCGGCAAAGCUCACAAUCAACGAGGACACAGCAUUACACAUAGCUGUCUCCAGUGAUCGAAAAGAGACCGUGGAACAACUUAUGAAAAUAAUUGCUCGUCAUCAUGGAGAAGGCCAAGAGAUACCUAAAUUUAAGAAUAAAGGAGGGAAUACGCCUCUCCAUGUUGCUGCAUCAAUGGGGAGUGUGACUCUAUGCAGAAGCAUAGUUGAAACUGGCCGUCAACUUGGUUUAUCAUUUAUGGAAGCUCGUAAUUGUAAGGGAGAGACUCCGCUUUUCUUGGCAGCACUUUGUGCUAAGAAAGAAGCCUUCAUUUCCGUUCACGAAGUCUACCAGGAGAACAACCUUAACUACAAUGACCUUUCCUGUCGGAGCGAUGAUGAUGAAACUAUUCUUCACGUUGCUAUUGCUACAAAACGUUUUGAUUUGGCAUUAGAAAUAAUUAAACUGUAUCCCGAACUAGUACACUUCGUCAAUAAGCAAGGCUUCUCCCCUCUCCAUGUGCUGGCGAGCGACCCUUCCGCAUUUGAAAGUGCUACCAAGCCUACCAUGUAUGAACUCGUAGUACGGCUCCUUGCUAAAUGUUUUCCCCGCGUCGCCGGAUAUCCAAGAGAUCAUAAACAGGAGCAGGAGCGCAAAUUGGCCGCUUGUAAAGUCAUGAACGAACUUUUAAAACUUUUAGAUCAAGAUGGACCCAACAUGAUCAUUAGGCCUGAGAUGGUGGGGGAUCAAAAGCAGAAAAGCCCAACCAGAAGUACUAGUGGAUUGGGAUCAAAAGAGAAAGGAGGGGAGACGGAGGAUUUAGAGAAUCCUCAAAUACGGAGUUCUCCACGUCAGGAACACCGAGGUUUUCCCUGCGCUGCCGGAUAUCUAAGAGAUGAUAAACAGAAGCGCAAAUUGGCCGCUUGUAAAGUCAUGAAAGAACUAGAAAUUUUAGAUUUAGAUGGAGAAACGGACUCCAACAUGAUCAUUGGGCUUGAAAUGGUGGGGGAUCAAAAGCAAAAAAGCCCAACCGAUGGGAGUACUAGUGGAUUGGUUUCAAUGGCAAGGGAGACACCCAUACUGAUUGCAACAAAGAACGGUAUUACUGAAAUGGUUGAGAAGAUCCUCGAAAUCUUUCCUGAGUCUGUGUAUGACGCGGAUUCUAAUAUGAAGAAUAUAGUGUUAUUGUCUGUGGAGCAUAAGCAACGUCAAGUUUAUGAGCUCUUACUCGACAAGAAGAAGACGAAUAUUAUUCAUGACAGUGUGUUUUGGGAAGUGGACAACGAUGGGAACACUGCAUUGCAUUUGGCUGCGAAGGUAGCGAAUUCUAAUCCUUGGCCAGUUGAUGGACCAGAGCUCCAAAUGAUAUCGGAAAUCAAAUGGUUUGAGGCACGUACAGGGUCAAAUAUAUUCCAUCCUAGCUAGGCUUGAUUGUUUGAUUUUCCUUAAUUUAUGUUUGAAAAGAGAUUUUUGUUGUAUACGUAUCCCAGCAAUCAUAAUAUUUUAGCUCCCUUUUAAUCAAUGCAGGAUGUACAAAAAUCCAUGCCAGAAAGUUACCCUUUUCUUCGCAAUAAGGCGGGCGAAACGCCAACGGAGGUCUUCACCAAAUCACAUGAGGUGCUUGUCGAAGAAGGGAGAAAGUGGAUGAUUGACAUUUCCAGUCAGGCAUGCCCGGUUGCAACGGGUGUCUUUGUCGCCGUUGCUUUCUCCUCGUUAACGAAACUGGAUGUCCAAUUAAACGAAACUAACAAGCGAGACGCAGAACUUCUCCGAUAUACUAUUUUUUCCUCGACGAGCUCAAUCUCCUUCGUCCUUUCAGCGACAGCAGUGCUUUGUUUCCUUCUAAUCAUUGCCUCAUCUUACAGUGAAAGGAGUUUUCGUAGAGAAAACACACUGAGGGUGUUUCUUAGUGGGCUCACUGCGUUUUACGCAUCUGUGAUUCUUUCUUUGGUAUCUUUCCUUUAUGGACAUGUUGCAACGUCCGACCCAUGGCCGAUAUGGCUAGUUUAUUCAAUAAUAAUUAUUCUGGGGCUUUGUCUAGUACCAAAAACGCCAUUGCCGAGUUACGGGAGGCUGUUACGUACGGGCAUACGGGAUGCUGUUAUGUACGGGCAUGCAAGGAGGACUAUCCGCGUCGUUUGACGAGAGUACGUAGUGAUUCCUGCUGGCUUUGUACGUUUGUGUGAAUAAUUAUUUACAGAGAAGCAUUACUGAUUAUACUUCUUCAAGAAUACGAUGUUCCGGCUCAUUAGUACCGAUCAACUACUUUAUAAUGCAUUUGUGUACUGUGUCUUUCUAUUUAAUUAA